UAACAGAGUUGCAAGAGUUGUCUAAAAUGUUGCUGCCGCUGCUGUUGUUGAGCUCUCAAAUGCUUUGCCAAGUCCUGGCAGCUGAUUACGAGAUGCUAAUUGAUGAUCCUGAAAUCUUUACCGAUUGCAAAGAGAAUCCACCAGGUGCAAAAGGUAUUUCUGGCUUAUUCAAUUUGGAUGAAUUGGAGUUAACAUUGGAUGGCGAUAAGAUACAUGUGGCUGGUAAUGCCACAACUGUUUGGGAUAUAGAGCCAACAGAUCGCAUAACGGCAUCCGCACGUCUAUUGCAAUUAGAUCGUGGCAUUUGGCAACCGACUGUCUUUAGCAUUGCCUCGCAGGACUUCUGCGGUAUUAUGUACGAUAAGGAUCAAUAUUGGUUCAAGUAUUGGACCCGCCAUGUUGACGAUAUUGAUACUAUGAAAGGCAAAUGUAUCAAUCAUAAAGGCACAAAACUGAUUCAUUCGCCUUUCGAUCUAAAUAUGGUUUUAAAUAACGUUCGUGGCACCACUUUGCACGGUCGCUAUAAGAUUGUCGUCACCCUGGAGGCCUUUGACGAUGAGAAGAGUGUUAAGCGUCCGGAUAGCAUUUGCGUAGAGAUCAUUGGCGAUUGUGAGAGGCUGUGAGCGUUUUUGCAUUCUUCAUCGAUCUACCUCGAAAUAUCCAAACUUUAUAUUACAAUAAAGC